AUGACCCAAUUACCUGUCCCAGGCGCGACGACUCCCUUUUGGCGAACCGAACUCCACGACUUAGACAACAUAAGGACUACGGAAGAGUUACCGACUGAAUGUGAUAUAGUCGUAAUCGGUACUGGGUAUGCUGGGGUCAGCACGGUUUACCAUCUCCUUGAUGACAAUGAGGCGAAGCGGCCAUCUGUGGUUAUGCUGGAGGCCCGAGAAGCUUGCUCAGGGGCAUCAGGACGGAAUGGCGGUCAUAUCAAACCGGAUGUGUACUACAAUAUCCUCAAGUACACCAACAAGUACGGCGCCGAGGCCGCCGCGUCCUUCGCACUUUUUGAGGCGGCCAACGUGCUUGCCGUGAAGGAAAUGGUGGAAAAGGAGAAGAUCGAGUGUGAUUUCGUUCUGACGAGGGCGAUGGAUGCCUACCUAGACGUGGAGCAUGCCAAGGCAACAGAAGACAUAUAUCGUGAACUUCUCCGCAUGGGUGUUGCAGACCUCACGGAUAUCCAGUUUACCGGUGGGGAUGAGGCCGAAAAGAUAUCCGGUGUGAAGGGGGCCAAGUGCUGUUUCUCGUAUCCAGCUGCGGCCCUUUGGCCGUAUAAACUCGUCAUUGGACUUCUCUCAAAUCUGGUUGAGGAAGGCGUCAACGUCCAGACAUAUACCCCCGUCACGUCUGUGUCCGAGGCACCAGACUCGGAAGGAAACUGGACAAUAACAACACCCCGUGGAAGUAUCCGUGCGAAGCAGAUUGUCUUCGCAACAAAUGGUUACACUGCAGCUAUUGCUUCGCAAUUUCACGAGAAAAUCGUACCCGUUCGCGGAAUUUGCAGUCGCAUCGUAGUUCCCAGCACCUCACCGCAACUUUUGGAUCACACAUACAGCAUCCGUUACAUGAAAGCACAGUACGAUUAUCUGAUCCAACGACCUGACAGAUCGAUCAUCGUGGGCGGUGCGAAGCAGCCUUUUUGGCAUGAUAAGACGCACUGGUACGGUGUAGUUGAUGAUAGCAAGCUGAUCGAGCCAGCUUCUGGAUAUUUCGAUGGCUUGAUGCAGCGACACUUCGUGGGCUGGGAAGGCUCAGGUGCCUACACUGAGAUGCCCGGAAAGCCGGGGCAAUUCAUCAAUGCUGGGUUCAGUGGCCACGGCAUGCCCAUCAUUUAUCUUGCUUCGAAGGCGCUGGCGACUGUUAUGAAGGGCAGGAAGUUGGGAGACAAAGAUUUGCCGUCUAUCUUCAAGCCAACCUGGGAAAGGCUGGAAAGCAAGAAGAAUGAAAUUCUUGGCAUAUAA